AUGGCUGCUGAUCCAAUGAUGUUGACUCAACACAACACGGAAAGUGAUUGGGGUGUGACUGAAAUAGACAACAUGACAAGUAUUCAAGAUAUAACCAAUGAAAACAUCACAGAUUCCAGUGGAUCUGUCCUGGAAACUCCUUGGCCUCACAAAAGACCUCGGAUCUCUAUCACACCAGAGCCACAAGCAGCUCAUGAGACUGAUUUUCAUGACAUCCAUCCCGCAAAAAUACCUAAGACCAAUGGACACAGUAGACUAGCUGAAAAGUCACUACCUGUAAAGCAAGGUCGCACUGCUACCAACCGGCAGGCACACAUUGCAAGGCAAGCCAUCAACAUGCUCAUGGAGACAUGGCCAUUCAAGCUGUACCAGCUCCCUGAGCCUCCAAACCAAGUGUCAACCCACAAGACCAAGCUGUGCAACUGGGGCCCUUACCACCAGCAAUGGAACCCAACACAAGCACCUCUGCCACUACUAGUGGUGUUCCAGGAAGCAAUGAUGUUCCUGACAGCACUAGGACCUAUAUGUGCCUAG